CCUGGGUCAGUGAGAGUUUAUUGCAACAGGCAGGGCGGAACUGCAGUUUGAAACAUGUCGAAGAGAGGAUCUUAACAUAAGUUACAGCUAUCAGUGGGGUCUAUUAAACCUCCAGUUCGUUGAACGACCUCGCGUUAUACUGCGGUUAGGGUGUUUAGGCGUUGCUGAAACUUUUUUUUUUUAAAUUCUCCUCCAACGUAUUUUUCCUGAAGAGAGGCGGCGGCGGUGCGCUCGGCAGCCAUCUUUGGAGCUAGUCUGGGAGUGGGAGCUGGCUACUGUGGCACCCCACUUAACUUAUUUCUAUCUCUGCUCAUUUCACUGACGUACGGAGGGUGAAAUCGGCUGACAACGCGAAGAACCACGAGGAUUCAACGCAUCAAAAACUCCCAUCCAGGGAAUGAAACUGGAAAAGUGUUUUAUAACCCCAAACUGUUUUAAGUGAACACCAGUCUCCUCAUCGCCCAGAGCUGGCCUGUCAGCAGGGUGAGUUUCAGCUAGCCGGCUAAGCUAGCUCAGAAUACAUAUGAAAUCACUGUCCUGCAGAUGAGUCGUCACAGGGGGCUUUUCCGUCGCUGUCGCAGACCCAGAUAGUUCCUGGCGACGACGGCAUUGCCCCCAACCCUUCAUUAUGCCCAAUAAUAGCCGGGCGGGGAACCUGAAGGACCCCGAAAUCGCAGAACUGUUCUUCAGGGAGGAUCCAGAGAAGCUCUACACAGAUCUAAGUGAAAUUGGACAUGGUAGCUUUGGAGCUGUAUAUUUUGCACGUGAUGUGCGGACAAAUGAUGUGGUGGCCAUCAAGAAGAUGUCCUACAGUGGGAAACAGUCCAAUGAGAAAUGGCAAGAUAUAAUCAAGGAGGUGAAGUUCCUGCGGAGAAUACAGCACCCAAACAGUAUAGAGUACAAAGGAUGCUACCUGAGAGAGCAUACUGCUUGGCUGGUAAUGGAGUACUGUCUUGGCUCAGCUUCAGAUUUGUUAGAAGUUCACAAGAAACCCCUAGAAGAAGUUGAAAUAGCCGCAAUUACUCAUGGUGCUCUUCAAGGAUUGGCUUAUCUCCACUCCCACAACAUGAUUCACCGAGACAUCAAGGCAGGAAACAUACUGUUGACAGAACCAGGUCAAGUGAAACUAGCAGACUUUGGAUCGGCUUCCAUUGCUUGUCCAGCAAAUUCAUUUGUUGGGACACCAUAUUGGAUGGCCCCUGAGGUUAUAUUAGCCAUGGAUGAGGGUCAGUAUGAUGGAAAGGUGGACAUCUGGUCUUUGGGAAUCACCUGCAUUGAAUUAGCUGAGCGGAAGCCUCCCCUGUUCAACAUGAAUGCAAUGAGUGCCUUAUAUCAUAUUGCACAGAAUGACAGCCCUGCCCUGCAGUCCAGUGAAUGGACGGAUUAUUUUCGAAAAUUUGUAGAUUCUUGUCUUCAAAAACUUCCUCAGGAAAGGCCGAAUUCCGAGGAGCUCCUAAAGCAUGCAUUUAUCCAGCGCGAACGACCAGAAUCAGUUUUAGUAGAUCUGAUCAAUCGGACCAAAGAUGCAGUGAGGGAACUAGACAAUCUGCAGUCUCGUAAGGUGAAGAAGAUCUUGUUUCAGGAAGCCCACAAUGGCUCCACAGCCGAGGCACAAGAUGAAGAUGAGGAGCCAGAGAACAGUGUUAGUAGGACGGGCACAGUGAACAGCGUUGGCAGCAACCAGUCCAUACCCAGUAUGUCUAUCAGUGCCAGCUCCCAAAGCAGCUCCGUCAACAGUCUAACUGAUGCAGGCGAUGACGAGAGCGAGCCGGACAUGGAUGGAGACGGCACGGUGAUGUCCAACAGCUCGGUGAUAAACCUCAAACCUGAACAAGAGAUGCGUAAUGAGGAGUCGGAGCCUCAUAGCAGAACCACAACCGAGCCACAAUCUCCUCCUGCGCAAACUCAAAGGCCCAGACGAAACCGUGAAGACUUUGCAACUAUACGUACAGCUUCAGCGCUUACACGCCAGAUGAAAGAGCAUGAGCAGGAAUCUGAACUAAGAGAGCAGAUACUAGGCUACAAGCGAAUGAGACGACAGCAUCAGAAACAACUGCUGGCUCUGGAAAACAAGCUGAAGACUGAAAUCGAUGAGCACAGGGUUCGACUGGACAAGGAGCUGGAGACCCAGAGGAAUAACUUUGCUCAAGAGUUGGAAAAGUUGGUCAAGAAACACCAAGCAUCCAUGGAUAAAGAUGCAAAAACAUUUAGCAACGAUGAAAAGAAGUUCCAACAUCAUAUCCAGAGUCAACAGAAAAAAGAACUGAGCAGCUUCCUUGAAUCACAAAAGAAGGAAUACAAGCUUCACAAGGAGAAACUGAAAGAGGCAUUUAAUGAAAACCAAUCAACACCCAAGAAAGAAAAGCAGGAGUGGUUGUCAAAGCAGAAAGAGAACUUUCAAAACCUCCAAGCAGCAGAAGAGGCCAACCUGCAACGCAGACAGAGGCAGUAUCUGGAGCUGGAGUGCCGCAGGUUCAAAAGAAGAAUCCUGAUGGAACGCCAUAAAAUUGAACAGCAGCAUUUACGGGAGGAGUUAAACAAGCGUCAGACCCAGAAGGACUUGGAGCACGCUAUGCUUCUCCGGCACCAUGAGUCCAUGCAGGAGCUGCAGUUCCGCCAGCUCAACACCAUCCAAAAGAUGAGGGUCGAGCUGAUCCGCCUCCAGCAUCAGACGGAGCUCACCAAUCAGCAGGAGUAUAACAAGCGGAGAGAUCGUGAGCUUAGACGCAAACAUGCCAUGGAGGUCCGUCAGCAACCCAAGAGCCUCAAGUCCAAAGAGCUCCAGAUCAAAAAGCAGUUUCAAGACACAUGUAAGAUCCAGACCCGGCAGUAUAAAGCAUUGAGAAACCACCUGUUGGAGACCACACCAAAAUCAGAGCACAAAGCUGUCCUUAAAAGGUUGAAGCAGGAGCAGCAUCGCAAACUUGCCAUUUUAGCAGAGCAGUAUGACCAGUCCAUCAACGAAAUGCUCUCAUCUCAGGCGUUACGUCUGGAUGCGACUCAGGAAUCUCAGGGCCAAGCAUUACAGAUCCAGCUGCAGCAGGAGCUGGAGCUUCUCAAUGCCUACCAGAGCAAAAUUAAGAUGCAGACGGAUGCCCAGCAUGACCGCGAGAAGAACGACCUGGAACAAAGGGUGUCGCUCCGAAGGGCGCUACUGGAGCAAAAGAUUGAGGAAGAAAUGCAGUCCCUACAAAACGAACGCACAGAACGAAUUCAGCACCUGUUUGAGCGCCAAGCCAGAGAAGUUGAGGCCUUCGACUCGGAGAGUAUGCGCCUGGGCUUCAGCAACAUGGUGCUAGCAGACAUCUCCCCAGAGGCCCUCAGCAACAGUUUUCCCGGGUCACCUGGAGGGUACAGCCAGCAUCAGCUGCUGCGUCCCUCUUCGAGCUCCCAAGGGUCGCGCUGGAGCAGCCGCAGUUUAGGUUUAGGCUCUAAUAACAGAGGCAGCCAUCACCACUAUCCUUCCAGUCCAGGAGGGUCACCUAUGCAGCAAGGCUGGGGACAGGGCUCACCGGGAGGAAGGGGACAGAUGUCCUGGAGCCAAUCCCAUGGUGGAGGCUUGCUUUCUCGAAGCCCUCAGGCAAUGGGGGGGCACAGUGAGCAGGGUAUGAGCAGGAGUUCCAGCGUCACCUCACAAAUAUCCAACGGUUCGCACCUUUCCUACUCUUAGAAGCCCUCUCUGCCAAUGAGUCACUUUAUAUUGCAAAGCCCCACAGCAGGAAAGAGUACUGGUUUUGCUCCAUCUCUGCUUGGGAAACUACUUCCCAGAUUUCUUUGUACAGAUGUGGACGUGUGGCGAAAUAAAUGUUGCUCAGGUCAAAAGGGGCAGGGAAACACCUGGCCCACCCUUACAGCAGUUUAUCGGCGCGCACACAGAUUCUUAAAUGCAUGUUACACAAGCAUGAGUAUCGACAAGUAAGUUUCAUGUGUUUUUAUUUACAGCUAUCUUCUACAGAGGAUAUUUCCUAAAAACAAGUUUGUGCUAUUCAGCCAUUGCUCUUGUUUUGCACAUAAAACACCACUCUAAAGCCUUUGACGUGUUUAAAAUGUAGGUUCAAUCACAUUAAACUGGUUAAAUUUAGCAGCAUUCAUUUUAAUCUUCCCAUUCAUGUUUAGUGAUGCACUGGCCCAAAUUUCUGUGGUACGGUAGAAGAACCCCUUAGAAAUAACUGGGGACGGUUUGCUGUUGUCUACCAUCCUGCUGUAGUGGCCAUCGAUGGUCAUAUAAAUUAGACUCUUUUUUUUUUUAAGGAUGUUUUAUUCCAUAUUAAUUCUUGACAUCAACCAAAAUACAGAACCAAACAAGUCGAUUGUUUUUAGACGUAUGCUUCUACUAACACUGUGCCUUUUCAGUUUCAGAUACUAAAGUUGAAAUAUUACUUUUUUUCAUUAAUCUCUGCUUUCUUUAAUAGAUAGUGUUUUAGGCUGGGGUUUUAUUUUCACAUCUCCCAAAUGUUUUUUUUUUUUUUGCCUAAAUAUGCUGAGGAGAAACAAAUUCAAAUGCUACCUUGGCAUGUUGUUUUUUUUUAUAUAUAUAUAUAUCUGCCUGAGAGUGGUACUUCAGGGGUAAACUUUACCUCUCCAGAGAAUGUCACUGUAACUUGGAAACUUAUCAGCCUUCAAAUACAAUCAUAGUGCUAAUCUUUAUUUUUUAUUAGUGCCUUUUUAAUACUGCUGCCUUUUUCAAAGCACUUUAUACAGCUCGACGAGUGUAAGAUUAAUGUUUGACUUCUUUUCUCAAAAAGCUCCCGGUGAAUGAAUGUGUCAUUGGUACGCAUGUAGAAAAGUCAGACUUGCCUGUGCUGUGAUUCACUUCUUUUUUCCUUUUUUUUUCCUGGAUUAUCAAAAACAACCUUUAGAUGUUAACAAAGAGUGACUAAGUGAAAACAUUUUGCAGGCUUUUUUUUGAAUUCGUAGCUGCCUGUUACUGCUUGUGUUUCUGUGUGACAUUGGCUGAAGAAAAUAUGCGAGGAUGAUACAGUGUUUUUUUUGUUUGGUGUGUUUGGAUGAACAAAGUUAACUCCGAAAUCUUUUAAGGUGCAGACAGUGAAUUAUGUCCAAGACAACAAGCUUUGAGCUACUGAACUUUAACACUACUAUUAAAAAAAUGGCUUAGAUAAAAAUAAACACUAAACAUUAGGGAUGUAAUUAAGCUCAGCCAACACACUCUGGUGAAGGGUUGUAAGUUAGACAUCGUCUAGCAAAAGGCAUUCAUAUCCUAACUUUUUUCACUUUGUCACAUUACAACCACACUAAUUGGAUCCAGAUUUUAUGUGUAGCCUAUAACGGUGAUGUUAUAUAAAAAAAGACUACAUGGUAUUUUUGACAUAAGAAUCUUAAAUGUGUGGCAGGCUUUUAUCAUUUGCAAGUUUACAAGUUUUUCACAUGUAUCGGACUGCCUUCCAUUUGUUUUGCUGUCUUCUCUGCAUCACUUUUGGCAAACUUUACAUUUGAUCAUUUUUUUUACUCCCAGAAAUGGCGUUCUUCUUGCAGAAUGUUCACAAGAUCCACAAUUUUUGGGAGGGUCUGCUAGUAAAGGCCCUAUCGGUGUAAUCUGUACCCUAAGUAACGGAUCUUUUAGCUGCUGCUUACUAUUAAAGCCAUACACAUUCAUGUUUUAAUCUAAAAUAAAUAAAAGUCCUAACAAGAUAGUUUACUUUGUGGUUGUAAUAUGAGAACAUUUUAAAAAGUUUACGGGUUGUGAAAACAUUAGCACACAUUUAAGCCAUUAUUUCGUUUGCCUUAAGAUCAGUUUUUUUUUCCUUUUUGGCUAACAAUAUACUUCCUUAAAUAUUUCAGCAGACAUUUCAGUGAAGUUUAAGGUUUAAAUGACUGAUUUAAUUCUAUGCUUCUGUGACUCACAAGUGGAAAUAUUAACUUCUUUUUUUUUUUUUGUAUUUAAGAGCAAUGCUUGGAUAAUUUGUUCACCGCAAAAUAAUUUCCUAAACUGGGCCUGAUGUAACUGUAUCAACCCUUUCCUAUAAGUUUAUAUUUCUUGUCUGAAAUAUAUUCUUAGUGCCACACUUGAUACUUUUAUUCUUGUGUAUACUGUCAUCUCCUUCAAAUACCACUUAUUAAAGAUAAAGAGUUGUUAUCCCUAGUGCAAUCUGCAUUAGGGAUUUUGUCCUCAAUCCAAGAUGAUUCACAGCUGCAAUUAAACAUAGAUCCUAGCUCUUUCUUAACGUUCUUUAAUAUCUUCAAAAAGUGAUACCAGCAAAAGUGCUUGUAUCUUAAUAAUUUUUCUUAACACAAAGUAUGCAUAAAUAAAAUAGUACUGUACAUGGCCCCCAAAACAUUUUCUCUUCUUUUUUUUGGCCUAAUGCUUAUGCAUCCAAGUAAAGCGUAUUCAGUUCUUUAUCAACAUUUACCACAUGUCAAAAGCCAAGACCAAGUAUUUGAAUGUUAAGCCAAUCAAACCUCGCAUACAUGCCAAGUUUUACAUUCAUGUGAACAUUUUGACUCCCUUAAAUGUCCAAUAAGUGGCUAAAUCUGGACGUUGCCUUCAGUUAAAUUGCCUCACAAGCCCGUACUUUAUUUUAUACUUUUUAUUGUUUUGUAUAUCUCAUCUUUUAUAUCCUACUGACUGAAAGCAAGUGGGAUACAGGAUUGUGAAUCAGCAACUGAAAAGGAUUCUUUCUUCGGUCAAACACUGUGCUAUACCGGAGUCGCCAAACCCGAUCAUCAGUGCAUCUGUUUCAUCUCCAAGCUUUCACCUGUUGGGGGACUGUUGAUUAGAAAUGAAUCGUAGAGAUCAGUUGGCUCUGACUUUGGGGUUUAAGUUAAAAAAAAAAAGGUCAGUUGAGCAAUUGUGGAGUUACAGACAGAUGAUGAAAAGAUAACAUUUCUUUGAAGAUGUCAGUAUUCUUUGGCACAUUACCACUACAAUUUAUAACCUGUAUUAAAAUGUGUAAAUGGUGGAGCUUCUUAUUGAAUGUCAGAUGUUAUGAAGAUACUACAUGAGAGAUGGUAAAGUACUGAAAGUGGAUUUAAAUUGUGUAAAAAAAUGGAAAAACAGAAUAGGAUCCAAUACUAUAUUGUUUGUAUUGUAUUUACCAUGUUAUUGUGUUGGCAGAGGGAUAUUGAACAGAAAUCAGCUGUAAUAAAGUAAUUUUAGUAUAA